AACGGUAUUAAAACGCGGGAUUGGACGAACCGGAGAUUGGUUAGCAAAAGUUCCAUUGACAUUUAAAAGAAAAAAAAUAGUGAGAAUUAGUGAGAAUGGUGGCGUUAGUGUUUUGUGUAUUGAAACACUCAAUAGCGUUGCUGCUCCUAUGCAUGUGUCUUGCGACGCUGGUCCGGGAUUCGAAUGCGCGACCCCCUGGAAACCAGGCCACUGGCAUCUUCUCCGAGUCCGCUCAGUGUAAAACAGACGACGAGCUAGUGGAUUUAUGCCAGCGCUGCGCCAAGCUAACCAAAGUGAAGGACGCCUACAAGACCUGCUGCUCGGCGGACCUGAACGCCAGAAAGUGGUGUUACGACUAUGUCUACUUUGGAAGGGAAUGAAGAAAUGCCGAAGGAAGAACCAUCACUAACUGUGGCUGGAAAAUUACUACGGAAGACGCAAACGAAUCAGUAACAGCCAACCACAACAUAAAAUAAGUGUACGGCCUCAAUGAAGAGUGAGCAAGCGUCAAGCGUCAAGACUUAUGGGGUCAUUCUUAAACAUUUGUCCUUAACUGUCAUUUUGACAUUUACGUUUGUUAGAAAGGGACAAAAUUGAACGAAGAUUUUGAAUAAGCGGGUUAGUGUACGGCUUCAGCGGCGAACUAGCGGCACGUGCAACGUUGCGUCGAGAGACCAAGAUAUUUGAGCAGCGUGUAAUGUGGUCACUCGCAUAUGUUUUCAUUUGUUUAAUAUGGACGCUACGUCUGAUGCCCGUUUUUUAUUGCGGCAAGCAGUAUCGAGCCUUUAAUAGCUAUGAAUGAAUCAGCUUAUUGUAAAGCGUCGCGGGUGCAGAGACCAUUAAGGCCAGAGCACACCGGCUGCUUGUGUGCGAAAAUGUUGAAACCGUGCACGCACACGUCACGCAUGCGGUGUGCCGCCUCUCAUAAGGAUCUGUAUAUUACAACGCACACGUGCACGUACACGCAUCCGGUGUGCACAGAUAAUGUAUAUCAAUUAUAAAUGUGCUAUGAUUGGAACGGGCGAUAAAAUCCCAGCUAUAUUGAAAAAUAUACCAUAGACCGUAGAAAUAUUUUUUUAGAAUGACCCAUUUUUGUUAUGCUCAAACGUCGGGUUUAUGUAAAUAACUCGCAUAUUCGGGUAAAAAGUUGUAGCUUUUAAAACUUGCUAUGUCGAACUCAGAAAUAACAAAACAAUACAAAAAUACAAGAGAAUACAAAUAGGUAUUUUUGUAUUCAACUUGUAGAAUUCGUUUUUUUUUGUACGCUUUAUCUGCGAUAAAGUUACUUCUGUGUUCGAUGUUAAAGUAAAACCUACC